CUGGACAAAGUUUCAACAGUGCGCCGCCCGAACGCGCUUGAAAUGGGAUUCUCCUCUCCUUCUCCUGUUGUUGUUCCUCACAAGAGAUUGGAUACUAGAUUCCUUCUUUUGUGAACUCAACGGUAUUCAAAAAAACCACUCAUCCAUUACACUGACUCUGGCUGAGCUGCUCUGAUCAUUCCAAAACAUUACGUCAUUGCACAUGAGGGAACAUGGCUACUAUGUCCAGAGCUGCUGCCAAGGCGUCUGCACAGGACUGUACACUGGCUUCUUUGUGAUGUCCACAAUGUGUAUCCAAGGCGACCAGUAGGUAGACAGGGCAGCCCAUAAGGGAAAGCUUCUUGUCUUCCUCUAUAACACAUGGCCUAGUUGUGAGGCUUUGAGGUAUAGGGGCACAGUGAGUUGUACUAUCCAAAUGUACAAAGUCACAUCUAAUUAUCACAGCCCAAUCUUCCCUACAGGCAGCAGUGCAUCUAGAAGCCAUGUUUGAGGUCUGCUGGGCUUGUUUACGGACGGUUACACCCAGAGCUGAAUUUAACCCCAGCUUCCAUCUGCAGCAGCACCCAGGCCCCUGUGCGGAGAUGUGACUGGUUUGGAUAGCAUUUCUGCAGUCACUCCUAAACGGGUGCUGUUCCUCCCUCUUCUCCAUGCCACAGAGCUGGUAUUCUGGGCUUCAUCAUGCCCUAUUGGCCUAGCCACAGUCAGGCAGCCUUUCAUUACACUAGCCGAAGGAGGUGCCCUGGACAUCCCCAUCGAAGGCAGCAUCACCACACUCCAACAGGCACACCCCAAAGUGUGCCCAGCUCCUCGAAUCGCUGUAUACUUCAACAUGCGUGAGGAACAAAAUAGUCUCUCUUUCUAUUCAUGUUAUUUUAUUGCCUGUUGUAGAGGUAGUUGAACCACAUCUAAACCUUAAAAUUUGAGUGCUAUGUUCUUGUUAAACACAUUGCACAUUAAAUAGAUUUUUUUUUUUUUUUUCAAAUAUCAUGAUGGCGCCGCAGAUGGCCGCCUCGGUGUGGAGCGCUCCUAUUGUUUUGUUGUUUUUGUUUGUUUGUCUUGUGUUUAGUAAUCUUUUUCCAGUCAGUUUUACCAGAGACGAACUGCUGAACAUUCGACAGCAUAUACCAGCCAAUCUUUUCCCGGAUUUUGAAUAUUCGGACGUUUUGUUGGACAUUUUAGUCGGAGGCAUGGCUGUGCUGUUUAAAUGCACUAUGAGACGCAGGCGAGGGAAGCGAGCAGGCGCGCUCGUCAGGCUGCGUCGGCGCAGAUUUCGAACAGCGCUGCCGAGCAUUCAUCUUGCGAAUCUCUGCUCUCUCCCUAACAAAACAGAUGAACUACAUCUCCUCACCUGCACAAACAAAGACUUUUCAAACUCUGCUGCCAUGUGCUUCACAGAAACAUGGCUGAGUGAAGCCAUUCCGGACAGCGCGUUACAUCUGCCGGGCUUUCAGCUGUUCAAAGCGGAUCGCAUCGCGGAGUUAACGGGGAAAACGAGAGGCGGUGGAACAUGCUUUUACAUCAAUGAAAGUUGGUGUACAGAUGUAACAACGUUAAAGAAGAUGUGCUGUCCUAAUUUGGAAGCACUCUUUAUUAACUGUAAGCCUUUCUACUCGCCGCGGGAGUUUUCCUCGUUUAUUCUGGUGACUGUGUAUAUCGCGCCAAACGUGUGUUUGAAUGCCGUGCUGCAGCAGCUGACUGUUCAAAUCACAGACACAGAACAACAAUACCCGGACUCAGUUAUUAUUAUUCUUGGGGAUUUUAACAAAGCAAACCUCACACGUGAACUGCCCAAAUACAAACAGUACAUUACAUACCCAACCAGAGACAGAAAUAUACUGGAUCACUGCUACACAACAAUAAAGGAUGCAUAUCGCUCUGUCCCUAGAGCAGAUUUGGUACUAUCUGAUCACUGUCUGGUUCAUCUUCUUCCAACCUACAGGCAGAAAUUAAAAUCAACCAAGCCAGUAGUAAGGACUGAAAAGAGAUGGACCAGUGAAGCAGAGCGGGAACUACAAGCCUGCUUUGACUGCACUGAUUGGAGUGUUUUUGAAGCUGCAGACACCAAUCUGUACAAGCUCACAGAUACUGUAACAUCAUAUAUCAGUUUCUGUGAGGAUAUGUGCAUUCCUACUAGGACUUAUUUAAUAUUUAACAACGACAAACCAUGGUUUACAGCAGAACUCAGGUAGCUUUGUCAGGCCAAAGGGGAUGCUUACAGAGUUGGGGAUAAUGUCUUGUACAAUCAGGCCAGGAACACGCUGAAUAAGGGAAUCAGAGUGGCUAAAAGAAGAUACUCUGAGAAGCUGAAAAACAAGUUUUCAGCUAACGACCCUGCAUCAGUGUGGAUUGGCAUGAAAC